UCGGGGCGCGGGGCCGCGACGGAGCUGGAAGGCGGCCGAUGGGGAGAGGACUCGGCUCUGUGCGAGGCGGCGCCGGGAGGCGUCCCGUGGUGUUCCUGCCCGGCCCGUUCCGGGCUGUAAGGGGAGGGGACUGCCCGGCCCGUGUCCGUUUAUUGCCUUCUCUGUCUGCUCGCACGGGUCGUGCUGCCGUUAGCCUUAAGCGAUGUCUUUGAAGUCAGCAGAAGCGAAGCCCGAAGGCAGGACGGGGUGGCUCUCGUCCCCCCGUGCCGCGACGGCUGUUCCCAUAGCACAGCUAUGAGACCCGGCACCUGGGAGGCCCCUUCCUUUCAUCUCUGUCGUGGGAAUCGCGAGGAAUCGCUGAAAGGGUUAAUGGCCGCAGCGAGGGGCUGUGGGGCUUUGGGGAAGCGGUGAUGUACAAAGCUGCGAGAUGUGGGAGCCGUAGGUUCCCCGUGCGGGGGGGUGGUGGAGUGUCAGCUAACUGGAUGAAAGUUCAGUGUGUUUGUCGGUGGGAAUACUGAUACGAGGGUUGAGCUGCUUGCCUUUGGGAAGGAAAAAAAAAAUCCACCAGAUGCACGAGAAUGUCAUCAAACAAAGGUAACAAGUGAGGAACGAGGUGGCAGCCCGUGGUACUGCAAAGCUGCACCCAGAGAACGCCCCUUCCUUGCUUAGAGGCUGUGAGCUGGUUGGGAAGGUGCUGAGUGUUGGCGGUGCUGGCAGAGCCUGAAAGCGCUGCAGCUGGGAAAACCCGUGGGCUGCAACGCUAUGGGGAGAGGCGUGCAGGAGGGAGGCAGGAGGGGCACGGAGCAUCCUUCAGCUCUGGGCACACGGGCUAUUCACCCUGACCCAGAGCAGCCCCUAUGCAGCGUGGUGCUGUGUGCUGUUACGUUGGCUGACAGCUGUGCUGAGGGUCACCGAAAUCGACUGUGGCUGGCUCUGACUUUUGCUGCUGGGCUGUGAGGUGUUUGUUCGUUUCCCAGCCCCCCGUGAGCUCUUGCUGGGUAACAUUUUGCCAUCGCAGCGCCCGGUGGUCGCGGAUUCUUGGGCUGGAAGUUGAAGGCUGUGAGGGGCUGAGUCACUGUCUGCUGCAAUGGAUUCAAGUUGGUUUGCUCUCGCAGUGUCAACAAGUCAUUGGUGAUAAAAGGUCAUAAAGCAUUGUAACAUCUGGUAUUGACAGGGGCUGGCUGUCACCCAGGGGACAGUUUGAUCCUAAUGGGCAGUGCCAAUGCUCUGUGCACGUGACUGAAUCCGUUUUCUAUGAAAGGCAGGCAUGAAUUUUUCUCUGUGGUGCGUAUGGGUUUCUAUUCCAUCUUGGCCUUGCAGAUGUGUGUGUUACUAGAGGCAGAGAGGCUGCUUGCAGUAAAGUUAAAUGUAUGAGAAGUUGCAGGAACAAGCUUCGGUUAGGAUUUCCUUGUUCCAAGGAGAAAUCGCUGAUUUUCCCUUUGCAUGUGAGAUCAAUACCUGACUUUUGUUGUUUUUGUCUCAAUUCUAAGCCCAGAAUUAACCUGGGCUUUGUGAUUUUUGCAAACACUUUGUGGAGUGUUUAAUUCUGAUGGGGUUUUGUGUACGGAUAACUGAUAGAGCAGCUUUCAGAAGCAUAAAAAUAAUGCUGAGGAUUCCUUUCUGAUCUUUUGCAGCACCUGGAGAUAUAUCUGCUAAUAUGCCUGGGUCCUUGGCUAAGCACGUUUUCCAAGUACUAUUUAAACAGGAUUUGCAGUGAAAUCAGGACAAUUUCUUUGCUUAACAGAUAAAAUAAGCCGCGUUCAGAUUAAUUUUGUGUGAACACUUGCAGACAAUGGCGUUACACCCGCGCAGAGUGCGCCUGAAGCCGUGGCUGGUGGCCCAGGUGGACAGUGGGAUGUACCCCGGCCUCAUCUGGCUGAACCGAGAAGCCAAGAGGUUCCAGAUCCCCUGGAAGCACGCGACCCGGCACAGCCCGCAGCACGAGGAGGAGAACACCAUCUUCAAGGCAUGGGCUGUGGAAACAGGAAAAUACCAGGAAGGAGUCGACGAGCCAGACCCUGCAAAAUGGAAAGCCCAGCUCCGAUGUGCUCUUAACAAAAGCCGGGAGUUCAAUCUGAUGUAUGAUGGCACCAAGGAGGUGCCCAUGAAUCCUGUGAAAAUCUAUGAAGUGUGCGAUAUCCCGCAGUCCCAGGGAUCAAUCAUUAAUCCAGGUUCCACUGGCUCAGCUCCAUGGGAUGAGAAGGAAAAUGAUCUUGAUGAGGAUGAAGAGGAAGAAUUGAAUCCAUCUCAGCAUGUCCCUAUUCAAGAGACAUUUCCAUUUCUUAAUAUCAAUGAUUCUCCGAUGGCUCCAGCCAGCGCAGAGAACUGCAGCCCUGAAGCUGUGUGGCCAAAGAAUGAACCUCUGGAUAUGGAGAUGCCCCCGACUGCUUUGCAGCAUGACUUCUUCAGCAGCCCGGAGCUCUGGAUCAGCUCUCUUCCAAUGACAGACCUAGAAAUCAAGUUCGAAUAUCGAGGAAAGGAGACUGGGCAGACAACAACUGUGAGCAACCCGCAGGGAUGCAGACUGUUCUACGGAGAGCUGGGUCCUAUGCCAGACCAGGAAGAGCUCUUUGGGCCAAUUAAUUUGGAGCAAGUAAGGUUUCCAGGAACAGAGCAAAUCACCAAUGAAAAGCAAAAGAUCUUCACCAGUCGGCUGCUGGAUGUUAUGGACAGGGGACUGAUCCUGGAGGUCAGUGGCCAUGCCAUCUACGCUGUGCGGCUCUGCCAGUGCAAGGUGUACUGGUCCGGUCCCUGUGCACCUUCUGCCACUACACCAAAUUUGAUUGAGAGGCAAAAGAAAGUCAAACUCUUCUGUUUGGAAACGUUCCUAAGUGAGCUGAUUGCCCACCAGAAAGGACAAAUUGAGAAACAGCCACCAUUUGAGAUCUAUUUCUGUUUUGGGGAAGAGUGGCCUGAUGGAAAACCUCGGGAGAGAAAGCUGAUCGUGGUUCAGGUCAUCCCUGUUGUGGCCCGGAUGAUAUACGAGAUGUUUUCCGGUGACUUCACGCGCUCCUUUGACAGCGGCAGCGUGCGGCUCCAGAUCUCUACUCCUGACAUCAAGGACAACAUUGUGGCUCACCUGAAGCAGCUGUACCGCCUGUUGCAGACCCACCAGGAGGGGUGGCCGAUGCAGGCCCCUACCAUGCACAUGGCACAGCCGCUGCCUGCGCAGUGACAGGCACUUGAUCCUCCUGUGCUGUUCCCUCCCAUGUGUAUAUAAGAAAACUUUGAUAAGUGCCUUGCCUGAACCUGAAAGAAAUCUGUAAAUCUGGUUUUCUGAUUGAAUUUCCACAGUCUCAUGGUACUUUUCUUGGGAGAGUGUUAUAAAUAAAGGGAAUAAGGAAUGCUUCUAGCUCGGUCACUGUUUUUAGCUGCUUGCUUAACCCACCACUAUGUAUAAAUCAGAUUUGUAAUUCUGUAAUAUUUUUUAAACCAAAUACUGACAUCCUGUAUAUAAAGAUUUGAGUGGGAGAGAGGAAAAACUAAUCUGUACUCUAUUAAAAUUGCCUUAACGUUA